ACGGGCGAUAGACUUGGCGGUAGCCAAUGGGGGGCGAGCUCCACCGAGAGUAAUGUUACAGAAGCGACAAGACACUGCGUAUCGCAUUCGCUGGUGUUCCACAUACAGCCAUUGCAGUGCAUUGAGAUACAAGCGGCAGCCUUUGGUAAGUAUCACGCACGAAAAAAAAAAAUUAUGAAAGUGUCGGUAAGGAUGAAAAUGACAAGAAAAUUCAGAAAUACCUCUGAAAUGUAUUGACCAAUGUUUGAAUAUUAGGUUGGCAAAAAUGUUGUGAUUUUUCAUUCGAAGGAACCGUCAAAAUACAAUAAAUCUGCCAGCGAAGCACAGUAUUAGUCGCUCGUUGAAAAAAGGCGAAAACUAAAAUAAUCAGUUGAAUUUCACACAAAAAAAUUGCAUUAAAAAAAUAAUGUAUUUUAUUAAUUAAUAUCAGGUAAGUGUUGCAGUGUUAUUAGAAAAUGAGGUGUAUUUACCGAGUUAAAAAUCAGUAAUGUUCAGCGGACAGCUGGCUAGCUAGGUAGAACAUGAGACUUGCGCCCAUUGCUAGCCAUUGCAGUGUAUUGAGAGGCUGGGAUGCCUGUCAUGUGAAGAUGAAACCGUGGGGAAAAUUGACAAUGAAAAUAUAGAAAACAUUGAGAAAGAAAUUUGCUCUGAAAACUGUAUCUGUUCAUAGUUAUUUUUCACAAAUUGCCUCAUAAUAGGGUGAGAAAUUACCUCAGGAAUCUGCGCUUUACUGUAAUGGCUGACUACUCGCAUAGGAAACAAGGCAGACAGUAACGGAGGAGCCAGCCUUACAAUUGCAGUUCAAGUCAACUUUUUCAAACCGUGAUUUAUCACCAACCAUGUGUCUAACUGUAAAAUCUAAAGAUGGAAAAUUAAAGUACCAUCUAUCCUUGUUCCAACGACAGUCUUUUUGUAUUUUUCCGUUGAAAUUAAAGGGUUGAAAUCGCAGAUUGAAAAGAGGUGGGUACCCGCGGUCGCUCUGCCCUCUACUGCAUGCAAUGGCUGUGCAUUGACACAAAGAGAAGGAGCCAUAUUCUCCAUGUUAGUGGAUGAAGACAAGCGGCCAUUCCGAGCUCAUAGGAAUCCUAACUCAACACGGCCCGCACAUAGACAUAGCACAGACCCAGUGUAUUGCUAUACACCACGGCUAUUGCAAUAGGAAUCUACCGGGGAAAAAUAUUGUCAGGCUGGCGGGCUUUGUCAACGUAUUUGUCGAUUUAAAAAGCGAUCGGGAAUGCGGGUGGAGACAUUUCAGGGCGACUUUCUUUCAUGAAGAAGGCUUUCUCACAAAAUGGAAGAAGAAAUAUUGCCGUCGUUGUUGACCUCCUUUUUCCUCAACGAGAAGGCUAUGCGCCAUUACUACUUCACUCGACAGAUAGAAAUGCAUUGCUUUGCUACAACACAGAUAUACAGCCAUACCAGCUAUAUAAUAGGGAAUUUGAGGAGAUUUUUUCCAAUUUUUAUAUUUUUUUCCCAAUGUUGCUGAAUCGAAUUUAGAUCGAUAUUGAAACAUAUUUUGACGUUAUUUUGUGGUUUUAUGGGUCUUUUUUUAUAGAUUUUUCGGGUUUUGUUUUUCUACGGAAUAGGUUUCUGUAGAGUUAGCUAAAUGCACUAUUAUCAUUUUAACAUUAUACACGAAUUCAUCAGAAACGUGGUGAUAUAUGUAUUUCUCAUUUUCUUUCCGAUUUAGUUCGUGAAAUAGUGAAAAACGUAUAAUCUUUACAUAUGUCUGAAGAGUAUCCCAUGUUCUGCACUUGAACUUCACAAAGUUUGAAGAUCGAUUUUUUCUUCUUCUAUAAUGAGAACUUCUGUAACGCCAAUGAUCGAUUGACAGGCACUCUGCAUGAACAAAAAACCUCACAAAUAUGACGUGACUAACAUAAGACUGUACAAAAUACAUGAAAAUAGUUUUUUAAAAUUAUUAUUAUUAUUUUUUUUUUUUACAUUUCUCAUGAUUUGACCAGUAAAGGUAACGGCUGUGUUUUCAGCAAAGGGCACAUUCCGUGUGACAGUCAGUAAACGUUCCUCGAGACAGGGUUUGUUUCCCCAAACUUAUUUUCUAGCAAACACACAGAACCUGACAUGUUUAUUCACUGAGGGCUGCGUUUACAGUUCUGAUGCCAAGAGGAAGGGAAGGAAACAGUCUGGAGUGCAGCCUGAUGGGGGUAGGGGGGGAAACCCAAAUGAUAGAAAAUAAAUAAAUAAUCCAAAUAAAAAAAAGGACUAAUAUUGAAUAUGUUUUCAACCCCUUUGUCAAAGCAAAUCUAAUAACUCAGAUGCAACAAAUAUUUGUAACAAGUUUGAGAAAAGGCUUCCACCUGUGUGCAAUAUACAACUGUCUCUGUGAGGGCCCUCCUCAGGUAGCGAAUUUCAACCAUAGCUUCAAUCAUGAAGCGCAAAGAGCUUUCAGAAGAGUUCAGGGAUAAAGUUGUAGAUCGAUACAGACUAGGGGUAGGUUAUAAGAAAAUGUCCUAUACAUUGAGGACAGUCAAGCCAAUCAUUAAGAAGUGGAAGGUGUAUGGAAGACUCUUACCGGAUCAAGAUGGCCUUCCAAAAUAACCCGUUGGGAUGAAAAUAUUCUAGCUCUAGAACUCACUUUGAAAGCGCUGCAGAGUUCCAUGGCUGAGAUGGGGUGAAAAUGUCCACGAAUCAACAAUAGCGCGAUCAUUCGCCAACUGUAGCCGGUACGGCCAAUCGGAAAGAAGGUCAUUACAGAAAACAAAGACCGAUCUCCAAUCACGUGCUGAGUUUGCGUAAAAGCAUUUAGGUGACAUUUCAAAAUAUAUGUUUUUUUAGUCAGAAAAUACUGAAUAGAAUGUGACUCAUAAUGUAAAUGUUUUUAUGUUUUUAACUUUUUCUUUGCUAACUUCUAAAACAUUCUCUCUUGUCUCUUUUAGAUACCGAUAUCGAGAUGGGGAAAGAUCCAACGAAACCGAGGGGCAAGAUGUCCUCCUAUGCCUACUUUGUCCAGACCUGUCGGGAGGAGCACAAGAAGAAGCACCCAGAAGCUUCCGUCAACUUCUCCGAGUUCUCCAAGAAGUGCUCUGAGAGAUGGAAGGUAAGUAUGGAACACAUCUCAGCUGUGACUGACUGACUGACCAAAUUCCCUAUAUAGUGCACUACUUUUGAUUUAUUCCCUAUAUGGUACACUACUUUUAAACUAGAACCCUAUGGGCCCUGGUUGAAAGUAGUGCACUAAAUAGGGAAUAGUGUGCCAAAAGUAGAGCACUAUAUAGGGAAUAGGGUGCCAUUUGGGACUCAGGUCCUUUAGUUGACACUGUCCUGUACCACUCGCAAUCCCUUGAUAGCUGUCUGCGGUACAAGAUAAUUUCAAAUGAACUGUGUCACAGCUAAGUUGUUCCAUACUUAUCUGCCACCCCUUGCAUAUCAUUCUUUUGUUUACGUUGUCUUCCUCUGUGUAGCACCGACCUGACACACACAACUAUUGACAUCUUAUCACAAGUGUUUUCUACAUGUACUUACUGGCCUCUGAACACUUCCUUCUUCUCUCAGACCAUGUCCGCCAAGGAGAAGGGGAAGUUUGAGGAUCUGGCCAAGCUGGACAAGGUGCGCUAUGAGAGGGAGAUGAGGAGCUACAUUCCUCCCAAGGGAGAGAAGAAGAAGAGGUUUAAGGACCCCAACGCCCCCAAGAGACCAUCGUGAGUACUGCCUGACAGAAAAAGCCCCCCCCCCUUUCCAAAACUCAAAUCUCACAGAUAAUGUGCAGAGAUUCAACUCCGGAUGUCCAUGUGAAUCUGUAAAUCAUGUCUAAAGUAAGUUAUGAAACAAUUCCUAUUAUAAAAGAAUGAACAAUAACCCUACAGUUCAAUAAGACAAGUACUGCAUUUAAAGCAUCCAUUUAACACUAAAACAAACAUAAAUGUUUCCCAUGUUUUGUCACCAAAAAUCAAUUCAUGAUAACCGAACAAAACCAGUGACCCUCCUGUUUCCUCCUUCCACCCAUUUCUACUCCUUUCUUCCUCAUCUCCCAUCCUCCAGGUCUGCGUUCUUCAUCUUCUGUGCUGACUUCCGACCCCAGGUGAAGGGGGAGACCCCGGGCCUGUCUAUCGGUGAUGUGGCCAAGAAGCUGGGAGAGAAGUGGAAUAACCUAACAGCGGAGGACAAGGUGCCCUAUGAGAAGAAGGCUGCCAAGCUGAAGGAGAAGUACGAGAAGGUAAAACAAACAUCAGCCCUUUUGUUCCUUUAUUUAGAUCCCUGUUAGCUGUUAG